AUGCAAAAGAAAAUAUGUUUGAUAUUGACAUUGGCUAUUUUUUAUUUGGCUGAAUCAUCGCCUGUCAAUCUAGGCGCUUUGGAAUUCGACAAUCUUGACACUGACCUCUCAGAUUUAAAAUACGAGGUCGAAGAGGAAGACUUGGAUGACUACUCGAAACUUCUCGACGAUGCCGCUGAAGCAGCUAAAACGAAUAGCAAAGACAGUGCAAAAACAAAAACGAACACAAAAACAUCUGGAUUCCAAAAGAAGAAUACGGAAAACAAAGGAGUUCAAAGCAAACACAAUAUUGGUGACUUAAAAAAGUUCUUCAAAGCUGCUGGGGUCCACGACCAAGGUGCUUACGACGAUGAUGAUAUUUACGCAUUGGCUGAAGGCAUCGCAGCAUCCGCGGUGGGCGCAGACGGAAAAGAAACCAGGACUUAUAAAAAGGGCACCAAGACCCGAGGGUUCCACAGGGUGCAUCAUAAAGAUGAGUACAAAAAGGACCAAGAGUUUUACGAAGAUGAUGAAACUAAUGGAACUGUGAAUAAAAUUGGCGCUAAAGCAUUGGGAAUUAAAAUAGGAGCAGGAGCUGGAUUCAAAAAGGGGCAUUUUCACCAUGAUCGCCAAAAGGGGAUUUACGGUGGGCAAGGGUAUUCAGACAAAGGAUUUUUGGAUAAACAGAUCAGUGGUUAUUCCAAUUCUGAGGGAUUCGAUGGAUCUUUUAGUAAUGAAAGCUAA